UUGGCGUUUAGUUUGUUUUGAUCGUUUUACCUACAUGAUUAAUAUUUAGUUCUGUAUUAGUGGAAGUUUAGUUCAGAGCGUAAUUAAAUCUACCCAUAUACUAAAAAUGAGUCGACGCAAGCGUGCGAGGGUUGAAACCCGCGAAAUAGAUGAAAAAUUAAAACAAGAGGAUUCUGAAUCAGACCAAUCUGAGAAGAGUAAGGUGAUUUCGUCCAGUCCCGCUGCUGUUGCCGGUCGCAGAGAAUCGUCCUCGAGUCGUACGACUGAACCUAAAAAGGAAGAAAAACCGAUCAUUAUUGAAGAAAUGAAAAGCGAAGAUAUUGAGGAAGUGAAUUAUAAAGAAAUGCUUAAUAGUUUGGAAGGUGCAGCUUUCCAGUCGAGACUACCAUUUGAUAAGAUGUCAUCUUUAGAAGCAGAGUGCUUCUCAGAUUUACAAGGAUCAUCAGCUCAAGCAUUUAUUCAAAUAAGAAACCGUGUUUUGAAACUCUGGUUUGAAGAUCCUAAAAAGCAAUUGACGCAAGAGCAAGCUAUUCAAAAAAUGGAACCGCCUUACAAUGCAGAUCCAGUGUUAGUAUUGAGGACCCAUGUUUUCUUAGAGAGACAUGGCUUCAUCAACUAUGGGAUAUAUGAGAGAAUAACGCCCAUACCGUCACCGCCUAAAGGAAAACAGAGACCUAAAGUUAUUAUCAUUGGAGCAGGAGUCUCAGGAUUGGCCGCAGCCCGUCAACUACAAUCCUUUGGUUGUGAAGUUGUUAUAAUAGAAGGACGAGAGCGUGUUGGCGGCCGCAUAGUGACAUAUCGAAAAGGACCUUAUGUUGCGGAUCUUGGAGCAAUGGUGGUAACUGGUCUAGGCGGGAAUCCGGUAACAACACUAUCAGUGCAAAUGAACAUGGAGUUGCAUAAGAUUAAACAGAAAUGUCCGUUGUAUGAAGCCAAUGGUAACCAAGUGCCGAAACAUAAAGAUGAAAUGGUGGAGCGUGAGUUUAACCGCCUUCUGGAUGCAACUUCAUACCUGUCUCACCAAGUGGACUUCAACUAUUAUGACGACACUCCGGUGUCUCUGGGACAAGCACUCGAGUGGGUGAUUAAGCUGCAACAGAAGAAUGUUAAGCAUAAACAGAUAUCACACUUGAAAGCAUUUAUAACUUUGCAAGAAAAACUGAAGAAUAAUAUUAACAAAAUGGCGGACAUAAAAGAGCUUCUCAGAUCAAUGAAAGCGGAAAAAGAAACGUUACUAGCCGACAAAGAUAAUAUAAAAGCAGAAGAUGGAAUAUUACACGAGUUCAAUUUGAGGAGACUUAACCGAGAAUUGAAUAAACUGUGCAACGAAUAUGAGGCUAUGGUUAAACAGAACGCGACUAUUGAGGAGAAAUUGGCUCAGCUAGAGUCGAACCCACCGAGUUCAGUGUAUCUAUCGGUCCGCGAUCGCCAAAUACUCGACUGGCAUUUCGCUAAUUUGGAAUUCGCAAACGCAACGCCGCUCGGGAACUUAUCGCUCAAGCACUGGGACCAGGACGACGACUUCGAGUUCACUGGGAACCAUUUGACAGUUCGCAAUGGAUACUCGUGCGUGCCCGUGGCGUUGGCUGACGGGCUGGACAUCAGGCUGGGCACCUCCGUCUCGGAGAUAUCGUACGCCGGUCCGGGGGUCACCGUGAAGGCGGUCAAUCCGAGAGCACCUGGACAAACGCAGACGUUUAAAGGUGACGUGGUAUUAUGCACUCUACCACUGGGCGUGUUGAAGAUAGCCGUAGCGAACAAUGGUCAGAAUCAGCAGAACUUUGUGCAGUUCGACCCACCGCUGCCUGAUUGGAAGGUGGCGGCCAUAAAGCGACUCGGCUACGGGAACUUGAACAAAGUUGUGUUGUGCUUCGAGCGCAUUUUCUGGGACCCGAGCGCGAAUCUGUUCGGUCAUGUUGGCACUACGACUGCUAGUCGAGGUGAACUGUUCCUCUUCUGGAACCUAUACAGUGCUCCAGUGCUAUUAGCACUGGUGGCCGGCGAAGCGGCUGCCGUGAUGGAAAACGUGACUGAUGACGUCAUAGUGGGCAGAUGCAUCGCCGUGCUCAAGAGCAUCUUCGGUCACGCGGCGGUGCCGCAACCUAAGGAGUGCGUGGUUACUAGAUGGCGCGCAGAUCCAUUCGCAAGAGGCUCGUACAGUUUCGUAGCUGUCGGCUCGUCGGGUGCGGACUACGACUUGCUGGCGGCUCCUGUUCCCGAUGCGUCGGGUGAAAACAGGCUUUUCUUUGCUGGCGAGCAUACAAUGCGAAACUACCCGGCCACAGUGCACGGGGCUUUCCUCUCCGGUUUGCGCGAAGCGGGUCGACUUGCUGACCUCCUGGUACCUCUGCCUCCAGUAACUAACGCUACUGUGGCCGCUGCUACCGCUAAUGUUAACCACUCUUGAUGUAAGGUGCCGUCUAAGUAGAUGGUUUAAUUAGAGUAGAUUAUAAAGUUGGAGUAAAUUACUUUUGAGUUAGAGUAGCUUACUGUUGAGUUACACCAGUUACUAAUGCUACUGUCGCCGCUGCUACCGCUAAUGUUAACCACUCUAAUAUUAUGAUAGAAAGGUGUAAUAAAUUAGAGCAGUUUUGAGUUAGUACAUUACUUUUGAAUUUUGUUGUAGGCUGAGAUAGAAAAAUUUAACCGUAAGCUUAAAAGUUUAUCUUGCGUCUACUUUUGAGUAAGAAAAAUAACUUCAAGUUUCUUUUCAAGUUUUUCACAUUGUAAUUUUCAUCAACCUGUGGAGUUUUGUUUUGGAAUACAUUUCAGUUAGAAAAUUUAAGUUGUAAGUGAAUUUCGUUUUCUAAAAUUGUAUUUUUGUAACAUGACAUAAAAUUUGUUUUUGUCGUGUACGUAAUAUUGUAAAACUUAGUUAAUAACGUUUGUAAACAAUAUUUGAAAUGUAAUAAUAAACUUACGAGAUUGAAAAUAUAAAAUGUUAUAUUCUGAUCCACGGCUAGAAUAAGAUCUCCCUUAAAAUAAGCCGGUUAUUAAAAUAUUGUAGAGUUAAGUAAGUUUAUUUUUGUAUUGAAACUACUUAUUGAUUUUCUUUAGGAUAUUUUCUUAUUAAUUCUCAUAGACUGGCCAACUUCAUAUUGUAGUUUAAGAUCUUUAGUGUAGUUUGCUUUUUUAUAAUAUCUUAUUGAUUUCUGUGCAUUAAGUUAAUAGGUAUUGACAUUAUUGCGACGGCAGUAAACGACAAAAUAAUAUUUAAAUUGUUUUUUCAAUUUUAUUUUUUUAUUAUAAGUCUGUAUUCUUUAUGUUAGCCAGUCCUAAAGUUGUAUCAAUUGUAUCGUAAUACGAUUUAAAUUUGUAUUUUUAUUAUAAGAAGUUGCAUGUCUAUCAAAUAUUUUUCUUUUAAUCUUAGUAUUGUAGGAUCUCGAUAGAAGGAAAGGCUUUUUAGUUUUAAGUGAAAUAAUUGGUUUAAAUAAAUGCGAUUCAUGAUGAUUGUGAUUUGGUUAUAAUUUGUCGUAAAAUGUAUUUUCGUUUCAUGCCUAGAAUGUACUUUUUUAUUUAAGUAUUGUGAUUUGUGACUUGUGCCUAUUGACUAUAGGUAAUAAUAAAUAAUGAUUUUGA